GUAUAGGCAGUCAUUCAAGAAGUCCCAUCUCCAUAAAUCACCUAAUUCGGUGCCCAUAAGUAAUUUGAUACGUUAUCAGACAAGUUCUGCACUAAAUCAACUGGAGGGUGCCAAUUCCUCCAUUGGUGAAAAAACCUCCCCAAUUCGUAAGUUAAAAGCAACGUUGGAAGCGGGAACGUUCCCUGAUACAGUUCGUAUCUACUGCACGGAAAACACGCCUGCAGAUAUUUCCCCAGAAGGUUCUCAGUCAAAUCUUUCAGCCUUGUCUAUGGGAAGUUCAUCAAGUGACAUUCGAAGCGUCGGACAGGGUGACUUAUUGAAAAAUGAAAGUCACCGCAACGAAUUGUCUGAUGACAGUUCAAAUCUCUCUGGCGACGACGAUAUUCUUGAUGAAUGUAUUCAGUCAGGAAUGCCCAAGAUUAGACACACGCCUCCACCUCUGUUAAAUUGCAUUCCUAUCGUGAAGAAGACGGAAAUGCUUCCUCAACUGUUUCAUUUAUACGGCACUCCAUCUACAUCUCCUGUUGACGCAACGCAGAGUGCUAAAACUACCUUAAUCGAGAAAACGGGGGAAUUUCGAACUAUUGAAACCAGAAACGACGUUUCCGAUGAUAGUCCAAAUCUUUCAGAUGACGAAGCUAUUCUCAGGGAAUGUAUAGAAUCUGCCAUGCCGAAGGGGCGCGCACACACACCUAGUGUCUCUAAACCGUCAUCCACGAAAGGAGCAGAUAUAAUAUUAGAUCGAUCCAGUAUACACCCUUCAUCCCCACUUCCUUUACGACGAAUUUUGCACAAUUCCUCGUCUUCAACAAUUAUACCAACUAGAUCAGAACUUGUGGAUGAGGAUUCAAGUCUUUCGGAAGAGGAAGAUAUUAUUUUAGCCCGGUGUAUACGUUCUGGUAUGCCGAAGGCAUUGAAUGUCCCCUCUCCGAUGCUCUCGUCACAGGUCUCAAGAAAAUCUGAAUUCCACCUUCAGAGGUCAAAUUCACUUGGAUCUGCAGGAUUACUUAUACAAAAUAAAACUCACUCGAGCGAUCCAGAAACUCUACAAAAGCAAUUGCUUCUGUCGCCCAGAAGAAUGAAAGCGUCCUGUCCUGCAACGCAUGGCAUAGAAUCAAAUUUUUCAUUACUUUCUGACAAUAGUUCAUCCAGAAACAUAAUGAAUAACAUGGUGGAUCUAAACUCACCCAUAGAACAGUUUCAUGCCCACCGAUUGGGCAGAAGCGAUAAAACUCCAGGUAUUUCAAACGAAAAAUCUGCAGAGUGUCCUAACAUUCGUGAUCUUACUUCGGAUGGUUAUUCAACUGAAGGUCCUACGUAGGUUUAUGUAAUGUACUUCUUUUCCACUUUGAAUAUUGUCUUAUGACACGUGCAAUGUGAUGAGCGGAAUGGAUCACUAGUCUGUUAAGUGCUCUCAUAACAGGAAUCAUCAAUAAUUCAUGUUUGCCAGAAUUACUUGUACUUUUAAAUACAGCUUCGCACAUAAUAUGUGAUUAAUGUGUUUCUGCAUUAUCCAGAAUGCUUGUCUCGUACUUAAGGUCAAGUGAAACACCCUGCAAAUCAGUCGAUUCGAAUACAACACUUUUUUUAAGGGGUAUUAGACCAAACUGUCCGAAACUUUGACACAUCACUCCUGAUCAUCU